GCAAGCUGGAAAACAAAACAUGGAGAUUUAAAAUUAGUAGAGAUCCUCAUUGCUGGGAUUUACCAGACAGGGAGCAAAACAACCCCAAGCUAAUUCAAACAUGUCCAUCUCUGAAGCAUUUCCAGCUGCCGAUGCACCAAAUGAGUUGAAUCCCGGCAUGAAUCGGGACUUCAAGGUUGACUCUGUAUCUUCAGCUGUUGCAACUUCUCAGGAUGUCCAGAAACAAAAUGAAGAACGAAAGGAAGAGACAGAAAGGAAAGAUCGUGAGAAGAAGGACAAGGCCCUGCAGAACUUAAAAAGUUCCAUCAUCGUCUCAGGGAUCAUCGUGGCUGUGGUUGGUGCAGUCUUUGCCAUAGCAAAAAAGCUCAGAGAAAAGUGAUCGUCAGGCUUUGAUGUGAUGACAGGGGAAGACAACGGUGUGCCCUGCAGCAAUUUUUUUUUGUGUUUGUGUGUCUCCUGGGCAAUUUUUGUUAUAGCAGUUAUUGACAUAAAAAUAACUCUUGAAGUAUACUAGAAAUUUCAACAAUGGAGGAUCUCAAAAAAAAAAAAAAAAAAAAAAGAAUGUCUGAUUUGAUGAUUAUUAUUAAUGUUUCUCCAAGAUUCUGUAACUCCAACAGGCAAUUCUGGCUUUGUUCAUGUAAAGGAAAAUGACAUUCAAAGGCGUCUCAUUAAUUCAUUCUCAGAAGUGAUCAAUGGCUCGACUUCUCCAAUUUCCGCCGCCGUGCUCUUCGUGUGGUUCCUUGUCAUUCCUCCAGGUAAAGUUGAAGGUUUCCAUCCAUGGUGGGGUUGGGAAGUCUCGGAUCGCGCAACGUUUCCCGGUCCUGGCUUCUCCAAAAGUAUCUUCCACAUGCGCCGUCUCCAGGAACAGCUCCUCUCCGCCUGUCAAAUUGGCUUCACUUACGGAGCUAAAACCGUAUCUUCAAUCCGAGUGGCGGUCGAUUCUCUGUGGAUGGCUCUGCAGUGCAAUUUCCGUAUAUUCGCUGUCCAAAAUCGUGCCAUUGGCUGGGAAAGUCUCCUCCGUUAUGGGCGCUGCGAAAUUAAACAGCCUCGUGAACGAGGGUUUGACAUUGGGGAUUCUCGUUUUGAUUCGAAUUGUGGCUAAUUAUUCGCAACAGGCGUUCUUAUGGGACGCGGCUCUGAAUUGCGUAUACCGAAUAAGGUUUCAUGUGUUCGCUAGGGUUUUGCAGAGGGAUUUAGGGUUCUUCGAGGGUGAAAAUGGAAUCUCACCAGGGGACAUAUCUUACCGAAUCACGGCCGAGGCAGAGGACAUCGGAGACACUGUGUACUCUCUUCUGAAUACGAUUGUACCCAGCACUCUGCAGUUAUCAGCCAUGGCAACUCAGAUGCUGAUCAUAAGCCCCUCUUUGUCAAUGAUUUCUGCCUUGGUGAUUCCUGUAAUUGCUCUUGCAAUUGGAUGCCUAGGAGAAAGGCUUCGAGUGAUAUCCAACACGGCACAUCUCAGUACAGCUGCUCUCUCAGCAUACCUGAAUGAGGUCUUUCCUUUUGCUCUCUUUGUGAAGGCAAACAAUGCAGAAUUCAACGAACGCAUCAAAUUCCAGGCGCUUGCUUCUGCUGACCUCCACGCUUGUUUGAAAAAGAAGCAAAUGAAGGUUUUAAUCCCUCAGAUAGUGCAAAUAAUGUUUUUUGGGGUUUUAUUCCUGUUUGCGGCGGCAUCACUUGCACUUUCCAGAGGUUUGUUCGACUGUGCUGCUGUUGUUUCUUUCAUCACGUCACUGAUAAUGUUGAUCGAUCCAAUUCAGGGUGUGGGAAAAGCAUACAAUGAAUUGAAACAAGGAGAACCAGCUAUCGAGCGGUUGUUUAAUUUAACCUUAUUUGAAUCUCAGGUGGUUGAGAAACCCGGCGCAGUUGAUUUAGCCUCUGUUAAAGGAGAAGUGAAUGUUUGUGGGCUCGCAUUUUCCUAUACCGACAGCAUGGCUCCCGUCCUAAGCGAGGUAAAUCUUAAUGUUAAAGCUGGAGAAACAAUUGCUCUUGUUGGGCCAUCUGGAGGAGGCAAAACAACUCUUGUGAAGCUUCUGCUACGCCUAUACAAACCUCUUUCUGGUUCAAUCACAAUAGACGGCUACGACAUCCAAAACAUUCGGUUAGAGAGCUUAAGGCGCCACAUCGGUUUGGUUUCUCAAGAUUCAGUACUCUUUUCAGGGACCAUAGCUGAGAACAUUGGAUACAGGGAUUUAAUAACUGGCAUCGACAUGGAAAAAGUCGAACUUGCAGCUCAAACUGCAAAUGCUGAUGAGUUCAUCAAAAGCCUCCCUGAUCAGUACCAAGCCAAUGUCGGACCCAGGGGUUCAAAUUUCAGCGGAGGCCAACGGCAAAGAUUAGCUAUUGCCAGGGCACUUUAUCAGAAUCCAUCAAUUCUUAUUCUAGACGAAGCAACUUCUGCUUUAGACAGCCGAUCCGAGCUCCUGGUGAGACAAGCCCUUCAACGCCUGAUGCAGAAUCGAACUGUGUUGGUUAUUGCUCAUAGACUUGAGACAAUUCUGAUGGCAGAAAGAAUCUUCCUGCUAAACGAUGGGAAGCUGCAGCAGCUGAGCCAUUCCGACCUACCUAAGAAUGGUCAGCACCGCUCCUCCCCGCCGCGGUUGAUAGUAUAAUAAAAUUAUAAGAAUUCAUACUAAUCUGAAGAAGAUAUGUGAAAACACAGCUGGAAGUGUGGUGUGCUUGAUUUGUAGGGUAUAUCCGACACAACGUCGCUUUCUCAUCAACAAGAAUGCAAAUAAUUACUGCCAUU